CCGUUUACUCUCUCUCUACACUCUCACUAUCGAGUACGCUGUAGAGAGAGAAAAGAAGGCAGCGAAUUAGAGAUAUUAGACCACAAAAAGGAAAAUAUUAAUAAAAUAUGCAGAGAAAGCGGCAGUAGUUUUUACUUUGAGAGAGAGGAGACAGAGAAAAAGACUGAAAGAGUACAAUGAGAGUAAACCAGAGUGAGAGAGCGUGCUUUUUAUAUGCUGCUAUUAGAGUACUUUUCUCCUUUAACGAUCAUCAUCAUGAGCACAUUCCUUAGCACCACCACCAUAACAACCACCAGUCGCCACCGCAUUGUCCAGUUCUUGAUGUAAUAAGAUGUGCAUAAUCUCAUUAUUACUAAUGUGCACGUGAGAUCUUUUUUUUUUUUUUUUGAGUUUUAGUUUUGGAGCGUUGGAUCUUGAUUAUAGUAUGGGGAGCGUGUCCUCCGAUGAAGGCUCUGAUCCGCAGAGCGAGAGAUGUGGGAGCUAUAGCUUGAGUGCUGACGUCAGCGAGUCAGAGAGCUGCAGUAGUUUCUCGUGUCGGCGGUUUGAUGGUGAAGGUGCUUCUAGCUCUUUGACUUCGUCUCCUCGUCCUCCGGUAACCUCCAGUUUCUGUUUUCAAGCGCCGGUGUUGCUGCCGGUGAUUGGAGGAAAGGACAUCAUGAUUUGGGACGUCAAGCCUGAGAAACGGGAGACGGAUAUAUCUGAAGUUGAAAUGAUGAAAGAGAGAUUCGCUAAGCUUCUGUUGGGAGAGGACAUGUCUGGAGGUGGUAAAGGAGUCUGUACUGCUCUUGCCAUUUCAAAUGCCAUCACAAAUCUUUCUGCAACUGUGUUCGGUGAGCUGUGGAGGUUAGAGCCAUUGGCUACACUAAAGAAAUCAAUGUGGCGCAGAGAAAUGGAAUGGCUCUUAUGUGUGAGUGAUUCAAUAGUUGAGCUUGUUCCUUCAAUACAACAAUUCCCUGGUGGAGGCACAUAUGAGGUCAUGGCAACUAGGCCACGCCCAGAUUUAUACAUUAAUCUCCCUGCCCUGAAGAAGCUUGAUGCCAUGCUAAUUAGCAUGCUUGAUGGGUUUUGUGACACGGAGUUCUGGUAUGUGGAUCGGGGGAUAAUUGUAGCUGAUGGUGGUGAUUGCGAUUUGUAUCCAUCAAGUAUUUCUAGUGGGAGACCUUCAAUUAGGCAGGAAGAGAAAUGGUGGUUGCCUUGUCCAAAAGUACCAUCAAAUGGGUUGUCUGAAGAUGCAAGGAAAAGGUUGCAGCAGUGCAGGGAUUGCACAAACCAGAUAUUAAAGGCAGCAAUGGCAAUCAAUAGUAGUGUGCUUGCUGAGAUGGAGAUACCUAGUGUGUACUUGGAGACCUUACCUAAGAGUGGAAAAGCUUGCUUGGGAGAUAUCAUCUACCGCUACAUAACUGCCGAGCAGUUCAAGCCAGAAUGUCUUCUUGAUUGCCUAGACCUCUCAACUGAGCAUCACACACUGGAAAUAGCUAACAGGAUUGAGGCAGCAGUGCAUAUCUGGAAGCAUAAAGAUAAGAGAAAGCAGACAAAUCUCACAAAAGUUAGGCACUCAUCAUGGGGUGGCAAGGUCAAGAACCUUGUCGCUGACACCAAAAAGAAUAAUUUUCUGGCCCAGCGGGCUGAGACCCUCUUACAAAGCCUAAGGAUACGUUUUCCUGGCCUUCCGCAGACAGCAUCGGAUAUGAACAAGAUUCAAUAUAACAAGGAUAUUGGACAAUCGAUUCUUGAAAGCUACUCGAGAGUAAUGGAGAGCUUGGCUUUCAACGUUAUGGCAAGGAUAGAUGACGUUCUUUUUGUAGAUGAUGCCACCAAGCGAUGUGCUGCAGCAGAAUCGAUGUCGCUAUUCAACAGAAGUGGUUUGGGUGGUCUUCCUAUCCAGAAACGAAUGUCUCCUAGUCCCUUCUCCAUCCGACACAGCCCUUUUGCCUCUCCAUUUGCAACCCCAACUUUCUGCUCUUCCACUCCGGUGGCUGGAAGCCCAAGAAGGGCACCGUCCUCCCUAAAUAGGAACAACACUAACGAAGCAUCAGAUCAGAAGUUUGAGAAACCAUGUCCAGCUGAAUUUGUGAAGGUUUGGUCACACACAGGCAACCCAAGUGCAAGAAGAGUUUCUGGAGAUGCACCUGAGCGAGAUUGACUUCUCAAGGAAGUCACCAUUUCAAACGGCAUCGAGUUAGGGUGUCUGGGUCCUAGAAUUGGUAUCUAAACUUGUACAUUCUUUAGCAAUAGAAAGAUCAAGUUCUAAAAUUUUGAUCAUGCCUCUUUUUUAGUCCAGUUGUGUUGAUGAAAGAUUAUUAUCUAUGCUGUUCAACAAAAUUAUGCUCUUCUAUCUCCGUAUCAAAUCUCAUCUUCGAUUGUGCGGCCAA